GAGAGAAGAAGAAAUCAGCUGAUCUGAGUAAUGACUAAUGACGCUGUCUAUUGUCAAAUCAAAAAUAAAUAAAAAUAUAAGAAAAAACAAAUACAUAUAUUAUAUUCUAGAAAAAACGAAAGAAACAUACAGCAUACAAUUUAUGCUUAAAUUUUGAAUCAUUUUAUAAGUAUCAAAAAUGGCGUCCGCAAUUUCCGAUAAAAUUAAAGAGCGACGCAAUAGGGUUUUAUUAGGACCUCUGCCUGAUGAUUUUUUACGUGUUAAUAUUUCUCCUCAAGAGCAGCAAGAAGCGGCCGACCGACAAGCGGCUAUCGCUUUGCAGCAGCAAUAUAGUAGUGUUGGUAUGGCACAAGCGCAAAAUUCAGCAGGGCGGCUAAGUAUUACCAUUGCUCAAGCCAAGCUAGCCAAGAACUAUGGGAUGACUAGAAUGGAUCCUUAUUGUAGGAUACGAGUUGGCCACUCUAUUUAUGAAACACCUACGGACCCUAAUGGUGGCAAGAACCCAAGAUGGAAUAAAGUUAUUUAUUGUUGGAUUCCUCAAGGUAUUUCAACAAUGACAAUAGAAAUAUUUGACGAAAGAAACUUUACCAUGGACGAAUUAAUAGCUUGGACACAAAUUACAAUACCACAACAAGUGUUGCAAGGAGAGACACAUGAAGAUUGGUAUCCACUCAGCGGCAAACAAGGUGAAGGCUUGGAAGGAAUGAUUAAUUUAGUUUUAAGUUAUAAUGCUACUGCAUCUUACGUUUAUCCUCCUCAGUACCCAGUUAUGAUAGUACCAAGAGCUGAUGCAGGAGGUGUCAAACCUUUAAAAGUCUACAGAACGCCAACAGAAACGGAGGAGUCAGCUCCAGAACCCGUACCAGUAUUAAAUGAAGCAGAUUUAAAACAGAUACAAGAAAUGUUUCCCAACAUCGAAAACGAAGUAAUCAAAACCGUGUAUGAAGCCAACAGAGGCAACAAAGACGGUACCAUAAAUUCUUUAUUACAAAUGGCUGAUUAGUUUUAAGAAUAUUCUUCUUUAUAUUUUAAUACAAUAAUCCCUAGACUUUAUUGCAGCUUAGUAAUAUUUUAUUUUUUUUAUUUACUAUUCUAAUAAAAUCUUCUAAUAAAUACAUGUAUGUGUACUAUUGUGCGAUAAAGAGUUAAAUUAAUUAUUUAUAAUGUUAUUUUUUAUUAUCUGUAAUAAAUACUUGUUAUUGUUGUUUUAUACUUUCGUGCUCUAGUCUCCCAAUUGGUUUUGUGCCAAAGUAUAUGUACUAAAUAUAUUUACACUCACGAAAUAUAAGUAUUAUAUAAAAUUGGAAAUAAAGGCUUUAAUGUGAA